AUGGGUGACGAAGAGGACUUCAGCUCCCUGCCGCUCCCCGAUCGCUUUCAGCACAAGAACUGGAAAGUGAGAAAGGAGGGCUAUGAGGCAGCAACCAAGGAGUUUGAUAAAGCUCAGGGCGAGUCCGACCCUGUCGUGCGCCAGUUCACACUCGACUCAGGCCUGUGGAAAGGGGCGGUGGCAGACUCCAACGUUGCUGCGCAAGCAGAGGCCCUCAGCGCACUAUGCUCAUACCUCCAGAUUGCCGGUCUCCAGGGCACUACAAGAACACGGAAUCUGACCAUCGCGCCGAUCGUGGAGAAGGGCUUGACCGGUCGCCCCGCUGCUCAAGCGAAAGCACAGGAGGCGCUGAUGCUGUACAUCGAAAUGGACAAGGCCGACCCCGUCAUUGAAGAAUUACUACCGAUCCUGUCACACAAACAACCCAAGGUCAUUACCGCCUGUCUGAAGGCCCUGACCGCCAUCGUCCAUGCAUACGGCUGCAAGACCGUCGAGCCCAAGCCCAUCCUGAAGGCUCUUCCAAAGGUUUUCGGCCACGCCGACAAGAACGUCCGUGCCGAGGCACAGAACCUGACUGUCGAGUUCUACAGAUGGCUAAAGGAGGCCAUGAAACCCCUCUUCUGGGGCGAUCUCAAGCCCGUCCAGCAGACGGAUUUGGACAAACUCUUCGAGAAGGUCAAGGAGGAACCGCCGCCCAAACAGGAGAGGCUUCUCCGCUCGCAACAAGAGGCACAAGAGGCUGCCGCUGCAGCUGGCGGAGGUGAUGAAGUAGAAGACGCCGAAGCCGAGGAGGAAGCUGAAAUCGACUUGGAGCCCGAAUUUAUAGCUGUUGAUGUUAUGGCAAAGGUCCCCAAGGACUUUUCGGAGCGCCUCAGCUCAUCCAAGUGGAAAGACCGGAAGGAGGCCCUGGAUGACCUCCACACUGCCAUCAACGUUCCUGCAAUGGAGGAAGGUCCCUUUCAUGAGAUAAUGUCUGGACUCGCCAAGUCCAUGAAGGAUGCCAACGUCACCGUCGCUACCGUUGCCGCAAACUGCGUGGAGCUUUUCGCCAAGGGAUUGAAAAAGAGCUUUGGAAAGUAUAGGCAGACCGUCUUUAGCCCCAUGCUCGAACGGUUGAAGGAGAAGAAGCAGGCCGUCGCAGAUGCGCUGGGCGCCGCGCUUGAGGCGUGCGUCGCUUCAACUAGCUUGGGCGAUUGUCUGGAUGAGAUCAUGGAGGCGCUCAAACACAAGAACCCUCAAGUCAAGCUUGGUACAACCCAGCUCCUCAUUCGUGUUCUGAAGUCGACCAGGGAUGCCCCUCAGCCGCCAGAGACCAAGGCCAUUGCUGAGGGUGCGACGAAGCUCCUCACCGAAUCCCAAGCUACGCAGCGUGAUGCAGGCGCUGAGGUUCUCGGAACACUAUGGAAGAUCAUGGGCGACCGUAUCAUGAACCCGCAUCUAGAAGGUUUGGACGAAAUUCGGAAGAACAAAAUCAAGGAGUUCCAUGACUCCGCCGAGGUAAAGGCCAAGUACAAGCCAAAGGCUGCCCCGCCCCCUAAGCCAGCCGCCGCACCGGCUGGCAAGAAGCCGGUGGGGAAGAAGGCCGCUCCGGGUGCAAAGAAAGCUGCCCCUCCUGCCCGCGCCAAAUCGCCUCCAGCUGAAGAACCUUUGGCUCCAAAACCCACCAGUCGGCCUGGCGCUUCGAAGUUGGGUGGUCCGAAGUCCGGUCUCGCUGCUCCUGGUUCGCGCUUGGGACUGAAGAAGCCAGGCCUGGCUGCUCCAUCGCCCAAGAAAGCACCUGCCCCUGUUGAGGAGCUAGUUUCCGACUCGGAACCGGAACCUCCAGCGGCGAAGCCCGCCCCCCGGGCCGGCUUGGGACGUGGCCUUGCAGGAAGGCCUCUCGGGAAGCCCGCCGCUGCGCCUGCUGUCGAGCCUCCGGCACCCGCACCUGGCCUAAGUGCGGUUGAGAAGGCUGAAUUGGAUGAACUUCGUGCGGAGGUGGAGAUGCUACGAAAGCAGAACGAAGACGCGAAGGCGGAAAAAUCCCGGAUGACUUCGCAGAUUCACGAACUGCAGAACCAAAAUGCACAACUCAUCGAGGAUCACACCCGGGAUGUUCUGUCCAUCAAAGCCAAGGAAACGCAGCUAGUGCGCGCCCGCUCCGAUGCAGAGGCCGCAGAGCAAACCGUCCAGGCACAACAGCGCGAGGUUGAACGGCUGAAGCGUGAAUUGUCUCGCCAAGUGCGGGCCGCGUCGCCACCGCCAUUCGAGAUUAGCCACGAGCAGCAGCAUCAUGGCGGCUACGACGUGGGCAUGAACGGGGCGUAUAGCCACAACGGCCAUGGACACUCCAGCAGCUUUGGCCGCCGUAACUUCACUCCACAGUCUCCCGGUGGAGAUGGAAAGGAGAAUUUCGGCGACGGUUUGUCGCGUUCCGGUUCCCGCAGCAGCAAGCUUUCGCCGCUGCGACGCGGCGGAUCCGGCAGCGGCAUGUCCAGUCACUCCGGCUCUGGCUAUGGUGGUCGUGCCAGCCCAGCGCUCGGCGGGCCAGGUGGUCAUGAGGAUCGUGAAUAUGGCAGUUUGGGCGGUAGUAGGUUAAGCGGGACAACGAGUGCGAGCACCAGCAACGGCGCGGAGAGUUGGAAGAGAGCCGCCGAAGUUACACAAAAUCUGAAGGCUCGGAUUGAACUCAUGAAGGCUAAGCAAGGGCUUGCGAGGCAGCAGUCGCAACAGCACUAA